AUGACAGCAGUUAAAGAACAGGCUGAGGAAAACAUUAGAAAGUCCCAAGAGAAACAGAAGGAGGCAUAUUCAAGAAAAGUAAUGAAGUUCAAAAACCUUAAGUACAGCAUUGGUGAUGAGGUACUUCUGUGUAACAUGAGGAAGCACGGAAGGAAGGGAGGCAGGAUUGAAGUGGAUUUCUCUGGACCUUAUAUGAUGCAAGCAAUUAGCGGUAGGCUUGUCACGCUAAGUACGUCUCAAGGAGCUACUCUGAAAAACAAAUACAACAUCAACCACAUAAAACCCUAUAGAAGAAGCGCAUCUACAGAUGUACGAGACCAGACUGGCCCUGUGCCUAGUAAGGUUGACAUCACGAAGACAUCUGAUGUGUUCCCUGAAAUCUGCCCUCUGCCUUCAACAAAUCAACAGUCUGAACGGCCUUCUGUUAUUCAGUUUUGUGGCAAAAUGCCAGCAGAACACACUGAUACAGAUAAACAGGUAGACAAUACAGUAGCUGAAGUGCAGGAAAUGGACCAUAUUCCGCCAAAGAUUAACCGCAGCAUCCAGCAAGAAGUGAAGGAACUCUGGGCGGCUAAAGACCGCGGCAAAGUUGAAGUAGUUGUUGGAUCAUAUUCACUGUACCAAUCCUCUUUCCGUACGCUGCAAGGAUCAGGAUGGCUUUCAGAUGAAGUUAUUGAUGCGUACAUUCACCACUUGCUACAACAACACAAGGAAGCCAUAUUUCAUCUCAGUGCCGUUGUGGCAAGCGCCCUCUUCUUUAAUGGACAGUUUAGAUGUCUCCAUAAGAUGAAAUUCCCAGCUGAGGAUGUUUGGCUGUGUCCUGUGAAUGUUACAGCACAUUGGAUUCUUGUGGUUGUGAACAUGGCAGAGAAGUCACUUACUGUAAUUGACCCAAUGGGAAAUGAGGAUGCCUACAACAGGAAGAUUCUGAGGAACUGGCGAAACUUUCUGAGGAAUAGGACAAGCGAGGAGUCCAAAUAUGCGUGGACGGUGAAAACCAUGAACCACAACAACCAGAUGGAUGGCAGCAGUUGUGGGGUUCUAGUGUUGAAGUACACCGAAGAAUUGCUUCAGAGUGGACACAUUUAUGAUGUGCAAACAACUGCAGAAGCCGUCAGUGGGCACAGGAUGAGCAUAGCCUGUUCACUGCUAAAACACACACGUGCACACACAGACACACACAGGGGAGGGUGUUCUGAAACAUGACAUGGUCCACAUGCAGCCUGCUGGGCCAUUUCAUCCAAGCCCUCCUAUCAAUUAGCC